UCAAGCCGAUUCAAACCGUGCCAGUGGUUGUCACACUUGGAUGGUUGGACAGAGCAGGACAACAGCUUUCACCUAUAUUAGGCUAUUCAAUGCAAUCUAUGCAUAUAUUUAAUACAUUUCUAAGUAUAUGGACUACCACAGGCCUCUAGCACACGCCUAAACAUACACUAUAGCCUUUGACUAUUGCCAAUAGGAAUUUGGUGGUGUGACAUAUAGAUGUCCAUUACUAAGUCCACAGGCAGGGCAGGGCUGUGUCUGAAAGGUGUUUAUUCUAUGGAAUUAGCUUGAUUAUUCAGUGCUCAUUGGAAAGUUAAGAAUUUGUCAAAAUUUAUUCGAUAUUCCUGGCCUCCAACAUGUUUGCUAGCUAAAAGACUGUGAUUGUUCAUUAUGAGUGCACAUAUCGGAGUGACCAAUCGGGCAUUCGACGGAGAGGUCGAGGAGACUGGCCACUCCCUCAGUAAGGAUUCUGGUAUUGCAGAUCUUGCAGAUAUAAUACCCGAACUUCCACCCAAGAAAAGUCCACGGCCAACGCCGAAAGUCUUUGUGAAGAAUCCCUCUGCUCAUAAAUAUGAAAACCAGUGCCCGUUGCCCACUGGUGCUGGAAGUGCGAACAGUACCUCAAAGAAACGUCCCGAUAAUCUUGCCAUUCCAAGCCACAUCAGCUCCACAAAGAAUAACCGUCCAGCUAGUUCUGUACAUGACUACGAGGAAUUGCCAUUAGCAAAAACAAGUAAAAGUCAGCCAAGAUUGAAAAAGUUCUCACACAGCGAUGACCGAUAUACACCAAGUCCUCCCCCUAUGCCGCCCUUAUCGAGCCUUCCUUCCACCUUUGAUAUAUACUCCCAGACGGGAAGUGAUGUCUCUAUAAUCAGUGAGGGACCCAGAAAAAGGCAGAACCCUCUAUAUGAUUCGGCAAAAGCAAUAUCUCAGCCAGACCACAGUGAUAGUAAAAAUGGAUCUAAUUGCCUUUCAAAAAAUAGAGCGUUGUGGAUAAUUCUCAUAGUGAUUGGAAUCUUGACAAUACUACUGUUCAUUCUAUUAGUGCUUGUGAUAAUCGGGGCAUUGGGGGUGAAAAAGACACAAUUUACAUCAGAGCCGCAAGUUGAUAAUGGUGCUAGAAAUAAAACAAUUCAACUGGAAGCAGCAUUAGAGGCAGCUUUAAAAAGAGUGAAUGAUCUGGAGUCCAAGGUUGUUGAACUCGACACGGUGCUGAGUUUCAUCGGCAACACCAGUCACAACUCGACACUACUGACAAGGUUUGAUGAAGUUGUGAAAAAUACCUCGUCAAAUACUGCAGCUGUAAGCGGCUUAGACACUCGAGUGACUGAAAAUACUAAUCAAAUAAUCCUGGUCGACUCGAAAGUUGACCAAUUCCGGGAAGAAGCACUUCAAAACAAUCGGGGAGUGUCCGAUAAAAUCAAUCAACUCAUAACAAAUAAGAUCAACCCGAUGAUUAAGUCUGUUGACACCAUCAAGACACAGAUAACAUCACUCAAUGACACGAUUCAUGGAACUCUCAUGCCAGAAUUGCAAACCUUGAAGGAUGAUUUUGUGAGGUUGAAUAGUACGGCGUUGACCGAUUGUAAGCUGAACACGACAAUACACGAGAGCUUUUCCACCGUUCAUGAUGAACUGGAUACGCCCUAUGUUGAGGAGUCUGCGUCUUAUGUUGUUGUUGGCGCACAGUGCUCAACGAUUGGCUUCAAAAGCCAUUCACGAAAAAUCGCCCCGUUGAUCAUAAAUGGCCAGGAGACGCCAUAUCUGACGUACAAGUGUAAUUGCAUCAAGAAGGAGGUGAACUUUAAAAAAUUUGAGUGUCGAAUCCACGUUUUAAUGUGUAGUACUGCUCAGAAAUAGAAGAUGGAACAGCAUACUCAAGGUACAGGGGCGGAUCCAGGACUCGAUGAAGCGGGUGCCGCCGAGUGGGGAGGUGAAGCAGCUGUGUUUUAUGCAUCAAUAUCCGAAAAUUCAUGGUCGGUUUUAGAGAAUAUUGGGCAAGCGCUACAUAUUUGCCAGUUAUUCCCUGGCCGCUUUCUGGCUGAAUGACAAUUCGGAGAUUACAGGAUUAUGCAUUUAUAUAUGAUCUGCUAAUCUAUUGAGGAUGGAGUGGGAUACCUUGUCGUAGAGGAUUGGAUAACGUACCCUGCAUGUACUACACGUGUAAUGGAUCGCAUCCUUUAGACUAUUCGCCUUAUUUGAGGAGAUGAGGUUGGAUUAACAGCCGAAACAGGAAUAUUCAGGUCAAAUAAAUAUCACAGAGUAAGGCCAGGGCUGAACACUCAGGAAUGUCCGUCUCCAGCACUUGGGUGACUGUUGUCCUUGAUUGUGAAAAAGAUUGAUAUUUGUAAUACUUUUAUUAUCGGUUGUUUGAGAUUUCUGUAAAAAAAGAUAUUCAUUUGUUGCUUCCUUUAUUUCUUAACGGAUCACGGGGUAAGUAUACUGUUGUCAGAAUGCAGGCCAUGAGAAAAGUAUAUGAGUUGAGAAUCGAGUGUUGACUGGAGGAACUUAUUUCGAAUAUCAGAUUUUGAAUUUUUAUCAAAAAUACACAUCAAUAUGGUAAGACGUCAUCAAAAUACUUGAUCUUAUGUUUAAUACCCGUAUUAUAAUUCAAUCUUUAAUCAUCCCUUUUUGCAGGAAUUCGUGUUUGUUGGUGUGGCGUGUUCCACUGUCGGUUUUUCAUACACGUCCAGAAAUGCCAUCGAGAUCGAACCUGGAUCAGAUAAGUUGAAGUACCGAUGUCAGUGCCGAAAUCUUAAGCAAGGAGCGAAAAAAAUU